AUGAAACUCUGUGUGACUGUCCUUUCUCUCCUUGUGCUAGUGGCUGCCUUCUGCUCCCCGACGCUCUCAGCACCAAUGGGCUCAGACCCUCCCACCGCCUGCUGCUUCUCUUACGCCCUGCGGAAGCUCCCUCGAAACUUUGUAGUGGAUUACUUUGAGACCAGCAGCCUCUGCUCCCAGCCAGCUGUGGUAUUCCAAACCAAAAGGGGCAGACAAGUCUGUGCUAACCCCAGUGACUCCUGGGUCCAGGAAUACAUGGAUGACCUGGAACUGAACUGA